AUGACUCAAGGUGGCGCGGACUGGCAGCUCCAGGGCCGCUCAGUGCAAAGAGUCCAGCAGGUAUCCCUUGGGAAAGGCGGCCAGGGAGGCAUCUCCCAGCCAGGAGGGAGGCAGGCGCAGCGUAUCCCAGGAAGCUGCUGCACAGCCGGAGGCAGCUGGGGAGCACAGGUCCUCUCCCCUCCCCGGCCACGUUACGCAGAUUAUCCCAGACGUCCGUCCAUCAAAGGACACGGGGAUACACAUACCUCAAAUAUUUACGGUGCCUGCACUUGGAGAACGAGACGGAGCAGUGUGGGAAUUCCCUCCUCGUGCCGGCUGUCCCAGGCCGAGUCGGAGCUGAGGUGCCGUGUCCCGGGGGGAAAGCUGUGCAGCGGCAGAGGCGCGUGUGACUGUGGAGUCUGCAUCUGCCAAGUGACCGAGGCCGGCAAAUACUACGGUCCGCUGUGUGAGUGCCAUGACUGGGUGUGUGAGAGCUAUGAUGGGAAGACCUGUGCAGGCCAUGGGAAGUGUGACUGUGGGAAGUGCAAAUGUGAUGAUGGCUGGUAUGGUGAAGCUUGUCAGUACCCAACUACUUGCAAUCUUACUCGUAAGAAAAGCAAUGAAAUGUGCAAGAAUUCUCAAGACAUCAUCUGUUCUGGUGCAGGCACAUGUCAGUGUGGCAGGUGUAAAUGUGGGAACUCAGAAGGGACUGGAAUGGUCUAUGGGAAGUUUUGUGAAUGCGAUGACAGAGAAUGCAUAGACGAUGAAACAGAAGAGAUUUGCACAGGCCAUGGAAAGUGUUACUGUGGAAACUGUUACUGUGAGGCUGGUUGGCAUGGAGAUAAAUGUGAAUUCCAGUGCGACAUCACCCCUUGGGAGAUCAAGAAAAGAUGCACAUCUCCAGAUGGCAAAAUCUGCAGCAACAGAGGCACAUGUGUAUGUGGUGAAUGUACAUGUCAUGAUGUGGACCCAACUGGCGACUGGGGAGAUAUUCAUGGAGAUACUUGUGAGUGUGAUGAAAGAAACUGCAAAGCAGUUUAUGAUAGAUAUUCUGAUGACUUCUGUUCAGGUCAUGGACAAUGUAAUUGCGGAAGGUGUGACUGUAAAGAAGGAUGGACCGGGAAGAAGUGUGAACAUCCACGUUCCUGUCCUUUGUCAGUUGAGGAAAGUGCUAAGAAAUGCCAAGGAAAUUCUAAUUUACUUUGCUCUGGAAGAG